UCCCUCAAUUUGACACGUCAUCAAUUAUGAACUUCCAAGAAACCUGAGAAAACAAAAUUAUGAACUUGGAUUUGGUACCUCUUGACUAGGCAGCUUAUAAAUACUCAUCUUUGCCUUCCCACCAUUCAUAUCAUGCCAUUAAUAUUCAAUUUCUCUUGUUAAGAAACAUGUGGUGCUUACUCAAAGCCUUUCAACUCCUCCACCUUCUUUUGUUCCUCCUGACUUUUCAAGCCAAUCUUUCAUCUUCUUCUUCUUCAAUUACACAGUUGUGCUCUCCUGAAGAAGCUGCUGCAUUGAUCCAAUUCAAGACCUCUUUUUCCAUCAGUGAAUAUGCAUCUUGGAAUUGUGAUCAUUAUGCUGGCAUUAAAUCUUAUCCCAAGACAAAUUCAUGGAAGGAGGGUUCAAAUUGCUGCUCAUGGGAUGGGAUCACUUGUGAUAACGUCAACGGUCAAGUGAUUGGCCUUGACUUGAGUUGCAGUCAGCUCUAUGGCAGCAUCCCCUCCAAUAGUAGUCUCUUCCAUCUUCCACACUUGCAGAAACUCAACCUAGCCUCCAACGAUUUUAACUCUUCCAAGAUGUCAUCUAAGUUUGGUCGGUUUGCAAGUCUGGUGUAUCUUAACCUGUCUUUCGCAUCCUUUGCAGGAGAAGUCCCAUCCCAAAUCUCCCACUUGUCAAAAUUGGUUUCACUUGAUCUCUCUUGGAAUUGUUAUCAACCACUUGAUAGGCAUACUCUGGAAGGACUCGUUGAGAACCUAACAGAGGUGAGACAACUUUUUCUUGGUGAUAUCAAUAUGUCUUCUAUUAAUCCUAAUGUCUUGACGAAUCUAUCCUCAUCUCUAAGGGCCCUUAAUCUUGAGGCUUGUGAUUUGCGAGGAAAAUUCCCAAAAAACAUUUUUCACCUGCCUAACCUCAAGUCCCUCUAUUUAAGGCGCAACGAAAACCUCGCUCUCUAUUUUCCAAAGUUGAACCAGACCAGCAAUCUUCAACUUUUAGAUCUAUCAAGCAUGUUCUUCUCUACAGAAUCGAUAGAUUCAAUAGGCAAUUUACAAUCUUUGAAAUAUUUGGAUUUAUCAUGGACUUCUUUUCCUGGAGGGUGGCCUAAGACUAUCACGAAUUUAUCAUCUUUGGAGCAUUUGGAUGCAUCAGACUCAUCUUUCUCAGGAGCAUUGCCCAACUCAAUCGGGAAUCUAGUGUCCUUGGAGUAUUUAAAUCUUCAAUCAUCCAACUUGUCAGGAUCAAUUCCGAUAUCAUUGGGAAACCUCUCACAACUCAAUCAUUUAGAUUUGUCAUGGAACUAUUUUAGUGGACAAAUUCCAUCCUCACUUACAAACCUAAGACAACUCAAUCAUUUAGAUUUGUCAUGGAACUAUUUUAGUGAACAAAUUCCAUCCUCACUUACAAACCUAAGACAACUUGAAUUCUUUUCCCUUUUUUAUAACCAACUAGAGGGUUCCAUUCCUGAUGAGGUGAAUGCCUUUCCUAAUCUAAUCUCUCUAGACUUAUCUUCUAAUUUACUCAAUGGAACACUUCCCUCAUGGUUGUAUACAGUUUCCACAUUGAAGCACAUAUAUCUCAACGAUAACAAGCUCAGUGGUGAUAUCAAGGAAUUCCAGUGCAAAUCACUAGAACAGAUCCGUUUUGGGAAUAAUAAACUCAAAGGUCCUAUUCCAUCUUCAAUAUUCCAACUUGUGAAUCUUACUACAGUUGACUUUUCACAUCUAAGUGGGUUUGUACAGAUUAACAUGUUCUCAAAACUCCAAAAUCUCCAGUACCUUGAUCUUUCAUAUAGCAGUCUAUCCUUAAACUCUAAUGGUACUAGUGCUGAUUAUGUGUUUCCUAAUCUUCAGUAUUUGUACUUGUCUUCUUGCAAUGUCAAUGAAUUUCCCCAAUUUUUAAAAGGUUCAAAAAGUUUGCAACAUUUAGACCUUUCCAACAAUAAAAUUUAUGGCAAGAUUCCUAAGUGGAUGUGGGAUGUGGGGAAGGACUCUUUGACAUUCUUGAACUUAACUCACAACAAUUUGACGGAUUUUGAACAAAUUCCAUGGAAGGGAAUUGAAAUUCUUGACCUUAGCUCCAAUUUCAUUCAUGGAGAUCUUCCGAUUCCACCUUCAACAACAUCUGUCUUUCUUAUCUCAAAUAAUAAUUUGAGCGGUGAGCUCCCUUCUCUGCUAUGCAAUGCAAAUUCCUUUGAAUUUCUUGACUUGUCUCGCAACAACUUGAGUGGAAUUAUUCCACAAUGUUUUGGAAACUUAAGCCGAAGCCUUUCAGUGUUGAAUCUACAAAGGAACAACUUCUGUGGACUCAUUCCUUCGGUUUUUACAAAGGGAUGUCACUUGAAUUAUCUCAACUUAAAUGGCAAUCAAUUAGAAGGGCCUUUACCACAAGACAUCAUUAAUUGUGGAGGUUUGGAAGUGCUAAAUCUUGGUAACAACAAGAUCAAUGAUACAUUUCCUCAUUGGUUGGAAAGUCUUACACAACUACAAGUUCUUGUGCUGCAUUCGAAUCAAUUGCAUGGUUCCUUUCAAGAUCCGUGGUCCAAUCAUUCUUUCUCUAAAAUUCAAAUUUUUGAUCUGUCGAAUAAUUAUUUUACUGGUCCACUUCCCGUUAAAUAUAUAAAAAAUUUCAAGGCUAUGAUAAAUCUCUCAAAAGAUAAAAGUGCAAGGUCGUACAUGGGAGAGUAUGUUCCUUCUGCUUUGGCUAACUUCUAUAGCUAUUCUAUUGAAAUUGCAAUAAAAGGAGUAGAGAUUGAAUUGGAGAAAAUAUUCAUCGCGUUGACGAGCAUUGACCUCUCAAACAAUGAGUUUCAAGGUGAGAUUCCAAAGGUUAUUGGAGAGCUUGACUCACUCAAAGGGCUAAACCUUUCUCAUAAUAACCUUAGUGGUUGUAUCCCCACAUCAAUGGGGAAUUUGACAGCACUUGAGUCACUGGAUCUCUCUUCGAAUAAGCUUGUUGGGAAGAUUCCUACACAGUUGAAUAGUUUGGAUUUUCUUGAAGUGUUAAACCUUUCACAAAAUCAGCUCGUUGGACCUAUACCUCAGGGAAAACAAUUCGAUACCUUUGGCAGGGAUUCCUACGCUGGUAACUUGGGACUGUGUGGGUUUCUAUUAUCAAGGAGCUGUGACAACACUGAGGCACCCUUUUUUCAUGACAGCACUGAGGCACUCAUUUUUCAUGUGGAAGCAGAUUCUGAAUCUGGAUUUGUGUGGAAAGCGACAUUCAUGGGUUAUGGAAGUGGACUAGUGUUGGGAAUAUCUGCAGCAUAUAUCAUGUUCACACUUGGAAGACCCAAAUGGCUUGUGAGGAUGGUUGAAGAAGUAGGCUACAAAUUGAAGAGAUACCUCAGAGGACGAAGGAAUUUGUAAAUUAGUAAGAAGCCCUCAUCUGUCACUGGUGGAUAGAAUGGCUUGUGUUCCUUUUAUGUUCAAUAUGAUUUUCGUUUCUUGACUGUGUUUUGUUUUGUCUUGCGCCCUGACUUUUCUUCCAGGGGUUGUAUCAUGUUUUCAAGUUGUUUGUUACAGGGGAUGCCCUGUUUUUGAUCUGGUAUGUUGCUUGGCUGUUGCUUAUAGCCAUCCAAAUGCUUGUUCUCUUUUGUUUUAUUCACCAAUGAUUAUUCCUGGUUGAUAAUGAAUUCUAUUGAAGCA